GCCACAAAGUUUGGAAACGGAGAGGUUCGGGCUGCGCGCGCGGUGUCCGGUGACAGCGAGAGUCGCGAGGACGCGCCGCGCGCGGCCAGCGCAGCAGCCAAUGGAGCCGCUCUACUAACGUCGUAGACACCCUCCCCGGCGGAGCAUCGGCACCCCACACGGAGCGCGCACAUCGCACACACACUUCUACGCAGACACAGCGCACGCUCUGCGCGGGUGACACACACACACACACACACACACACACACACAAACACGCGCGCGCGCGAGGGCUUCUGUUUCUGUCCUUCCUUUAAACUCACUUGACCGGUCUCACUGCAGUUUAAGUGUGAUCGCGCCAUGAAGGCUCGGGGCUCACUGCCGGCGGUGUGUGUUUUCCUCUGCUGGGCUGUGUGCUCGGUGUCGGCCGUCCGCAGGGAGCACCUGUUCCCGUACGGGACACGGCACGGGGACUCGACCCUCCAGGAGGGCGACGACGAGACCUCGGAGGUGCUGGAGCUCCGGAGACCCCUGUACUUCUACGAAACGCAGUUCAGCGCUUUGUAUGUGGCCACCAAUGGGAUCAUCUCCACACAGGAUCUGCCCAUGGAGAAGCAGUAUGUGGACGAUGGUUUCCCCACCGACUUUCCCGUCAUUGCACCCUUCCUCGCUGACAUAGACACCAGCAGGGGCAGGGGGGCAAUUUACUACCGGAUGGAGGAGUCGCCAGGAGUGCUCACUCGGGUUGCCCAGGAGGUGCAACGCAGUUUCCCAGGCACCUACUUCACACCCACACAUGCUGUCAUUGCUACAUGGGAGAAUGUCGCUGCGUACGAAGAGGUGUCCCGCAACUCAGCGCCAUCCAGUAGGGUGAACACCUUCCAGGCGGUGGUUGCAUAUGAUGACACGGACUCCUAUGCCCUCUUCCUGUACCCCGAGGACGGGCUGCAGUUCUUUGGGACAAGACCAAAGGAGUCGUACAACGUCCAGCUGGAGCUGCCAGCACGGGUGGGAUUCUGCAGGGGAGAGGUGUCUUUCCUCGUGUUCUCCCGUACGGAGGGACCCUACUACAGCGUCACCAGCAAUGAGCAGACCGUCAAGAAUCUCUAUCAGGUGGGCAACACUGGGGUGCCAGGGCUGUGGCUGUUCCGUAUUGGGAACCGCUUCUCUUUCCAGAAUGUGGUCCCUGCAGCUGCAGCUCGGGCGGUUCCCACAGCGGGGCUUGUGGCUCAGGACCGGGAGGCCACUACAACACCUGACUACGCAGAGGUGGAGUACCCAGAUGAUCCCUUCUCCGAUCCAACGAACGACUACUAUCCCACAGUCCUCACAGAUUCGGAGUUCCCGCCUCCAGCCUUCCCAGAAUACCUGGAGCCGGGUCAUUCGCCCACACUGCUCCGACCAUCCGUCACCAGGGGCGAGGAGCCUGAAUCCCCAGCUAGUCAGUCACAUCUGCAGCCUUAUGGUGGGGAUGUCCUGCUUUCCUCUGGCCCUGAGCUCCUUCCGACACAACCCCUUGAACCCCCUCCUUCGGGUCCUGGAGCGUUCCCCUUGCCGGAGCCUAGACAGCUCCCACAUGAAGAUGCGAACCAGCCCUCAUCUCCAGCAGCCCACCUUGAUCCAGCUGUCCAAACGGUAUAUCGGGGCAGGGACGAUGUCUUGGAAGGCAACCCUCCGCAUGGACCUGAUCACUAUGUAGUCAGCGUGGAUGAGGAUGUGGACUUUGAAACUGGAGUGAUCCAGUACAGCACGGAGAACAAGGAGACGUGCGCCAGAUUUCAGCAGACAUGUUCCCAAAAUGGUUACUGCACUGAUUACUCCUCUGGCUUCUGCUGUCACUGCCACACUGGUUACUACGGCAACGGGCGGCACUGCCUACCGGAGGGUGCACCUCAGCGUGUGAAUGGGAAGGUGAACGGCCUUGUGUCCGUUGGGGCGACGCCAGUGGAGUUGGACAACGUUGACCUGCAUGCCUACAUCGUAAUGGGGGAUGGAAGAGCCUACACUGCCAUCAGCCAGGUGCCAGAGCCCAUUGGCUGGGCCCUGAUGCCCAUGGCCCCGAUAGGAGGUCUCUAUGGCUGGCUGUUUGCUUUGGAGCUUCCGCAUCACCAAAAUGGCUUCAGGAUCACCGGUGCUGAAUUCACACAUUAUACGGAAGCCAUUUUUUACCCUGGGAAUCAGCGACUCACCAUUGUCCAAACGGCUCAGAGUCUGAGCCCAGAGAACUACCUCAGCAUGAAUAUUCACAUCCGUGGCAGUGUCCCUUUCGUAGUCCCUGGAGCCACAGUCCAGAUGGAGCCAUACAAGGAGAUUUAUCAGUAUUACCCUUCAGUGAUAACAUCCUCGUCAGUGCGUGAUUAUACAGUGGUGUCACUGGAGAAAGGCUCAGAGACCUAUUCCUACCAACUGCGUCAGAACAUAACGUACCGGGACUGCCGGCACGGGCCUCGGACCAGCCCCGAGAGCCAGCAGCUGAGCAUGGAACGCAUCUUCAUCAUGUACGACAAAGAGGAACGAAUCCUAAGAUAUGCCAUCACCAACAAGAUCGGACCACUCAGAGAGGACCCCCAUCCUGAGGUCGUGAACCCAUGCUAUGCUGGAACCCACGACUGUGACACCACAGCACAGUGUCUGCCUGGAGAAGGGGAACAGUUUCGUUGCCAAUGUGCCACAGGGUACAGGGGCGACGGACGCAGCUGCCACGAUGUGGAUGAGUGUGCCGAGGGUCUCGCUUCUUGCGGCUCCCACUCGAGCUGCGUGAACCUGCCAGGGAGCCACCGCUGUCAGUGUCAAAGUGGCUUUGGGCUCAGCCACGGCACGUGUGUAGACAUAGAUGAGUGUACGUCCAAGCCGUGUCACGCCCAGGCCUUCUGCUUAAACUCGCUGGGCUCCUUCGAGUGCCGCUGCAGGUCCGGAUUCCGGGGAGAUGGGUUCAACUGCCUUCCGCAAAGCUUGCGACCAGAGCGACCGAAGACUCGGUGUGAGCAGCACAGAGACAGCCUCCAGGGGGGUCUGGGGCCCCGGGGACCUCGUCCUGCCAUAGGGGCCUUUGUGCCCCAGUGUGAUGAGGAGGGCCAGUACAGGCCCCUGCAGUGCCACGGCUCCACGGGUUACUGCUGGUGCGUGGACAGCGGGGGACAGGAGCGAGAGGGUACCAGGACUCCGCCCGGAGCACCGCCAACUGACUGCGACAAGCCAGUGCAGCCUGAGCGCCCGAAGACUCGGUGCGAGCAGCACAGAGACAGCCUCCAGGCAGGCUACGGGGGUCGCCCUCUUGUUGGGGCCUUUGUGCCCCAGUGUGAUGAGGAGGGCCAGUACAGGCCCCUGCAGUGCCACGGCUCCACGGGUUACUGCUGGUGCGUGGACAGCGGGGGACAGGAGCGAGAGGGUACCAGGACUCCGCCCGGAGCACCGCCAACUGACUGCGACAAGCCAGAACCUCCACCACUCACCCCACGCCCGGAGACCGUGUGCGAACGCUGGCGCGCCAGCUUGGUGGAGUACUACAGGGGCCAACCGACCUCCCGCCAUUACCUGCCCCAGUGCGACUCCGCCGGCCAGUUCGUCCCUCUGCAGUGUUACAGCGACACCACCUACUGCUGGUGUGUGGACAAGGACGGGACAGAGGUGCCCGGGACACGCUCGCACGAUGCGGUCAAGCCACCUUGCGUUCCAACCGUGCCGCCACCCACCGUGAGACCGCUUCCCCGUCCUGACGUGACCCCGCCUCCGUCUGGCACCAGCCUCCUUUAUGCCCAAGGCCAACAGAUCGGGGCGUUGCCCCUUAAUGGAACCCGCAUGGAGAAAGCAAAGGCCUCUGUACUGCUGGCGCUUCACGGCUCCAUUGUGGUUGGGAUUGACUACAACUGUCAAGACCGGAAGGUCUACUGGACUGAUCUUUCUGGGCGGACCAUCAAUAGAGCCAGCCUGGAGUCUGGCGCAGAGCCAGAAACCAUCAUUAGCACAGGGCUGACCAGUCCAGAAGGCCUGGCCGUGGAUGCGCGGAGGAGUAUGAUGUUCUGGGUGGACAGUGGACCAGACAAGAUUGAAUCUUGCAGACUUGAUGGCAGAGACAGAAAGGUCCUUUUUGACACAGAUCUGGUGAACCCACGAGCCAUCAUUGUCGAUUCUGCCAGCGGAACCCUGUACUGGACUGACUGGAACAGGGACGCUCCAAAAAUUGAGAGCUCCACCGUGGAAGGUCACGGCAGGAGGGUGGUGGUGCGCGAUGGCAUUGGGCUGCCCAACGCCUUGACCUUCGACCCUUCCGCCAGACAGAUUUGUUGGGCAGAUGCAGGAACCAAACGGUUGGAGUGCAUUGCGCCAGAUGGCACCGGAAGACGAGUGAUAAACAGCAACCUGAACUACCCGUUCAGCUUAGUGUCCUACGCCAACCACUUCUACUACACAGACUGGAGGAGAGAUGGAGUUAUAGCCUUGAACCGAGACUCCGGCCAGUUUACGGACGAGUAUCUGCCAGACCAGAGGUCCCACCUGUAUGGGAUCACUGUUGCCUCUCCCAGCUGCCUAUGAGAGCACCCGUAAUGACGGACCCUACACCAUAUGGUGCUAUUUUGUCAAGUCUGCAAAGCCUGUGAAGAAGUGGGCCACCAGGUGGAGACCUUUACCAGGGAGCAAAGAGGAGGCACUCAAGAGCCCCCUCAGAAUACCACACCUGAGACUUCAAAGGCAAACUUGACAGCUCAAGUAUUUUAAUAGUUUUAUAAACUUUUUAUACCUCAUUUUUCUACUGUAUUUUCAUGUGUUUGUUAUAGAGUGGGGGGGGGGGGAAAAAAAGUCCAGUUUUGACCACACAGCGAUGCAGUAUUUACCUGUGCACUAAUCGAAGUUUGUAUUUCACACAUCAGAUUUGCAUUGGU